AACAAGGUGGUGGUCUAUACGACGACGUUGCGAGGUGUUCGGAGGACUUUCGAGGCGUGCAACGCCGUUAGAGCGGCGAUAGAAGGACUCGGGGUGAUGAUUGUCGAGCGCGACGUGUCGAUGGAUCGUGGGUUCAGAGAAGAGCUGAGGGAUUUGAUGGACGGGAAAGAGGAGGCAGGGGUGCCUCCAAGGGUGUUUGUGAAGGGGAGAUAUGUGGGUGGGGCUGAGGAGGUGUUGAAGAUUUUGGAGGAGGGUUUGUUGGGUGAGAUUCUUGAUGGGUGUCCAAAGAAAAAAGCUGGGUCUGUUUGUGAGGGGUGUGGGGAGGCCAAGUUCUUGCCCUGUUUUCAGUGCAAUGGGAGUUCAAAGAUGGUGUUGGUGGUCAAGGAAGAAUUGGGUCAGAGGCAGGGGAGCACUGUGGUGGUCAGGUGCCCUGAGUGUAAUGAGAAUGGGUUGGUGCUUUGCCCAAUUUGUAGCUGAACGGUUGACAGAGAUGAGAGAUCUGUUUCAUAUCAGAUUGGGUUUUGUAAACACUUUCUG